AUGAAAGCCAGAUUUCAAGAGGAGGCCUAUCAUUGCCCAAAUGCCCUCAGCCCAAAAAGAAGGGCUGACAUAUGGAACCACCUUCAUCUUCUGAGGGAACCACUGUGGGAGAGCAUAAAGGCUUCCCCACAGGCAUGGCAGAUGGACAAGUCGUAUUUCUGCAAUAAUGCUGAGUUGAAAGGCACCAUCAACCUGUCACCCACAUGGUUUCAACAGGGUCAUUGGCCCCAAAAUGGCUUCCUGGAAGCCUCAUGGCUGCUCAAAUCCAGGAUGGAAAACACUUCUACAAGGGAAUGGGUCAACCAAAUGUCUGACACCAAUGCCCUGUUAUCUGCAAUCCUGGAAGUAGUGAUCUGCCUUGGUGAACAGUCAGAACAGUGGGUGGAUUCAGAUAUGAGCUCCAUACUGUCAAUAUGGAGCUCCACAUAUAGCAGCAUGUCCAUGAUGGUGGAUCAGGCAACUUGUUACCACAGGGAUAGUUGCAACUGGAGAACUGUUGAUUUAAAGCUGCAACCUUUAAUGAUAUGCUGGCUCUUGAACUUUGGAUGGGUGGUGUUGCCAAGAUUUUGCAAAUGGGUGGGUGCUUUGACAUCAUAG